AUGCGUGGAGAGUACUGCUGUAAAGACAUAAGGCCAUUUCAUUCCAUUGAAGGAGGGGGUUUCAUUAAGUUGGCCCAGGAGCAUAUUAACGUCGGAGCUACAUAUGGUUCAGUGGCAGCGCAGGACGUACUGCCUGACCCCACCACUGUGUCAAAACGGAGCUGUGAGCUGGCAACAGAGAAACGCACAAAGCUGGUUGAGCAGCUAAAUGACAUUCUGACUGAGGCCGCCACUGAAGGAGAAGGACCUGCGCCCAAGAAGGCUGCAGUUGACUUUGAGGAGUGGGAAAAUGUACCUGUGGCAGAUGCCGCCGCCGCAGACGAAGUCGAGAAGUACUCGACUCGAAAUCAUGCAAUGCAGGACGACAGAGAUGUUUUGGGCUGGUGGAGAGAUCAGCAUCUCAACUACCCGAAGCUUAGUGUCCUUGCCCGCGGCAUCCUUGCCAUUCCAGCCAGCAGCAGUAGCAAUGACAUAGUGUGUGGCACAGUACCUAAGGGGCUGCUGCUGAAGGCCAAGCAGGAUGGCUUCUCAGACCGGCAGGUUGGUCAGAUACUGGGCUCCAGUGAGCGAGCAGCCAGAGAGCUGAGGCUCACUCAUGGCAUCAAACCCUGGGUCAAACAGAUUGACACCUUGGCAGCAGAGUAUCCAGCCAUGACCAACUACCUGUAUUGUACCUAUCAUGGCCAGGAGAAUGAUCUGGACUUUAAAGACCAGGGAAUUAUGGUUCUUGGUUGUGGGCCCUACCACAUUGGGAGCAGUGUUGAGUUUGACUGGUGUGCGGUGUCCAGCAUCAGAGCUUUGAGACAGAUGGGCAAGAAGACCGUGGUGGUCAACCACAACCCUGAGACGGUCAGCACUGACUUUGACGAGUGUGACCGCCUUUACUUUGAGGAGUUGACCCUGGAGCGCAUCUUGGACAUCACCCAACAGGAGGGUUGCUCUGGCAGCAUUGUGUCAGUCGGAGGCCAGAUCCCCAACAACCUGGCUGUCCCGUUGCACCUCAAUGGGGUGAAGAUUCUGGGGACGAGCCCCCUGCAGAUCGACCGUGCUGAGGAACGCUCCAUCUUCUCCAGUAUACUAGAUGACCUCAAGGUGGCCCAAGCCCCAUGGAGGGCCCUCAGCUCCCUGGAAGACGCCUUUGCCUUCGCCAACCAAGUGGGCUAUCCCUGUCUGCUGCGCCCCUCCUAUGUUCUCAGCGGCUCUGCGAUGAACGUUGUGUACGGAGAAGAGGAGAUGAAACGCUUCUUGGGGGAGGCAACUCAGGUGUCCCAGGAGCAUCCAGUGGUCAUCACCAAGUUCAUUAGCGGUGCCAGGGAGGUAGAGGUGGAUGCUGUGGCAAAAGGUGGCAAGGUGCUGGUCCAUGCCAUAACGGAGCAUGUGGAAGAUGCAGGGGUACACUCAGGAGAUGCCACUCUAAUGCUACCAACCCAAACUAUUAGCCAGGGGGCACUAGAAAAGGUUAAGAUUUCCACCCGGAAAAUUGCGCAAGCAUUUGAAAUUUCGGGGCCCUUUAACACUCAAUUUCUGGUUAAAGGCAAUGAUGUUAUGGUGAUAGAGUGUAAUCUGCGGGCAUCACGCUCCUUCCCUUUUGUAUCAAAAACAAUCGGUGUGGACUUUAUCAAUGUGGCAACAAAAGUAAUGGUGGGAGAGCCUUUGGAUGAGGCCAGCCUGCCCUCGCUGGAGAGCCCCAUCAUCCCUAUAGACUACGUAGGCAUCAAGGCACCCAUGUUCUCCUGGCCACGGCUGAGGGAUGCAGACCCUGUGCUUCGCUGUGAGAUGGCCUCCACUGGAGAAGUAGCUUGUUUUGGACCAAACAUUUAUUCAGCCUUCCUGAAGGCUAUGCUCUCCACAGGCUUUAAGCUACCGCAGAAGGGCAUCUUGAUUGGGAUUCAGCAUUCGUUCCGACCCAAUUUCCUGGCUACAGCCCAUCAGCUGAAAGAGGAAGGAUUCAAGCUCUAUGCUACUGAAGCCACUUCUGCCUGGCUGUGGGCCAAUGAUGUGCCUGCCACUCCAGUUGCCUGGCCUUCUGAUAAGAGAGGAGACAGCAGUUUGCCCAGUAUUAAGAGACUCAUCAGCGAGGGUCAUAUUGACCUGGUGGUCAACCUGCCCAAUAACAACACUCGCCAGCUGAAGGAUAACUUCCUCAUCCGUAGAAUGGCUGUGGACCACGGUGUUCCCCUCAUCACUAAUCAUCAGGUGGUGAAGCUGUUUGCAGAGGCUAUUCACCAUGCAGGUGACCUUGACACUACCAGCCUCUUCCACUACCGGCAGAAAGAAAGGCAACGAGUGGCUGACCAGCAGGGCUAAUGGAAGCUUCCCUCCAUUUCCUUUGGUUUCCUUUGUAAAACAGCAGCAUUAAUUGGGAGGAAAUGUUCAUAAUACGGUUUUCAAAAAUUCCUUCUUUUUAACCAUCCCAUGGGGUCAAGAGUUAUUUUAGUGCUAGGAAUUUCAAUCUGUCAGGAGUUUUCUAAACCAAAACACAAUAAUUAAACAAUGUUGAUGCAACCUAACAAUUUGGUACCACUGUUUAAUAAGGGGUUUAUAAGUUGUAACUAAUGGUUCUCUGGUAAAAUCUCUGGUUGGUGUUUAUCCUCCAGCAUGCUUGUAAAUGUUAAUAAUUAAGAAAGGGUUCUUACGGUAAUUCAAGUCUGGCAUUGUAAAUAUUAGUAAGCUCUGAAGAAAAUGGAUUGUGGACCAGA